UAAACAUCCUACACUGUACAAGACAAAGAAUUAUCCAGCCCGAAAUGUAGCGUUGCCAAGGUUGAGAAACACUGCACCACGUUAAGCAAUAACUCAUAGAAACUCGGUGGAAGUGAUGAGGGAAGGCAAGAACAAAAGAAGAGGGAAGGGGUGAGGCAAAUUGUCGUACUAGGGCACGGUCAUCUCCAGGUAAUCUUGGGGGGAGGAACCCUUAAAAGGCAGUAUUUACAGUGGCAAAGGCAGUGGCUCUGGAAUCGGUUCAAUCCGGUUUUCAGAGCUUGCUGUCUACACUGACUGGCUGGGCUCAUGAUGAACAGACUGCUGAAACCCAUGGGCAUGACUUCCCCCUGGUAAAAGAGGGAUCGUAAUGGAUGUCUCGUAAUAUUAUUACAAGUACUAAAUGUACAUAGGUGCUCACUGUCCUUUCCCAAAGGAACAGCCAAGAGUCUGCCACAGUUACAGUUACUGGCCACAAGGUUCCGUAGAGUGGGACUCCUGUUUGGCGAGGAGGCUGUAGUGGAAGUUGACAUUGGCCUGAAUAGAGGUGUUUUCACAGCUGACCGAUUCCCAUUGUUGAACUGUUUCAGGUGUGGGCACGAUGGAAACCAACUUCUCCAUCUCUCUGAAUCAAUCUCUUGAGACAUUUGCUUCCCCAGUGUUCACUGCUCUGCAAAUCACCUCACUGGUGGUUGAUGCGAUCACCUUUGUCCUCGGCAUCCUGGGCAAUGGGCUCGUGAUCUGGGUGGCUGGGUUCCGGAUGGCACGCACAGUCACCACCGUUUGUUACCUGAACCUGGCCUUAGCUGACUUCUCUUUCAUUGCCACUCUACCAUUCCUCAUGGUCUCAAUGGUCAUGAAAGAACAAUGGCCUUUUGGCUGGUUUCUGUGCAAGUUAAUUAACAUCAUAGUGGACAUUAACCUGUUCGGAAGCGUCUUCCUCAUCGCCUUCAUUGCUCUGGACCGCUGUAUUUGUGUCCUGCAUCCAGUCUGGGCCCAGAACCACCGCACUGUAAGCCUGGCUGCAAAAGUGAUCCUUGUACCCUGGAUUCUCGCACUAGUCCUUACCUCGCAAAUUUUCCUGUUCAUGUCUAUAGUGCGGGAUCAAAGAGGAAAUACAUACUGUACUUUCAAGUUUGCGUCAUGGGGUGACACCCCUGAAGAGAGGAUGAAGGUGCUCAUCACGGUGCUGACAGCCAGAGGGAUCAUCCGGUUUGUCAUUGGCUUCUCUAUGCCAAUGUCCAUUGUCGCCGUCUGCUAUGGGCUUAUUGCUGCCAAGAUCCGCAGAAAAGGCAUGAUUAAUUCCAGCCGUUCCUUGCGGGUCCUCACUGCUGUAGUGGCUUCCUUCUUUGUUUGUUGGUUCCCCUUUCAACUGAACGCCCUCCUGAGGACAGUUUGGCUCAGAGAGAUUUUGGAGGGUAAGUACAAAAUCCUCACUAUCCUGAUAUACCCAACACGCGCCCUGGCCUUCUUCAACAGCUGCCUCAACCCAAUGCUCUAUGUCUUCGUGGGCCAAGACUUCCGAAAGACCCUGAUCCGCUCCCUGCCUGCCAGUCUAGAGAGGGCCCUGACCGAGGACUCAGACCCGACCAGUGACACAACCACCAAAUCUGCUUCACUUCCUAAAGAGGCCUAG